AUGGAAUUCAGCUACCAAGAAGACUCCAAGAGCUCCAGUGAAGAAAUUGAUCGAUCAUCUGAACAGAAUGAUGACAUGGGAACUGGAAGAUCCUAUGAGUGUGUCUUUUGCAAGAGAGGCUUCACCACUGCACAAGCUUUAGGUGGACACAUGAACAUACAUAGAAAAGAUAGAGCCAAUAACAAGACCAAACCUAAUUUCCCUCCUUCAAGUUCAAGCAAUAAGGUUGAUGUGGACAACUAUGCAGAUCUAGGGUUCUAUUCAGCAAUUCCAAGCAAUCUUGGAAGAGGGAAUUACUAUUCCACUGGUCCUGAUCAUCGUGAGGUAGACAUUAAUAACAAUUACCAUCAAAUAUAUUUUCCUGCAUACGCAUGUGGUACUAGAUCACCUUCACAUGUACACUAUAGUACUGAGGUCUUGUGUGGAGAAAACCAAAGGGAUCAUCGGGUGCACCUCUUUGGACAAGAUUGGAGGAAAAGUGAUUUGAGUUUGUACACUAAUCCAUUAUGUGAACAUGAAAAUAAAGACAAGAUUGAAAACAACAGUGAAGAGGAUGAACUCGAUUUGGAGCUUAGACUUGGUCAUCACCCUUAA